CCCUGUGGAGGGAGGAAGGCCCCCAAGAUGGCGAUGCUGGCGGAGCCCCGGAGAAAGCAGAAGUGGUCUGUGGAUCCACGAAACAGCGCUUGGAGUAAAGAUGACUCUAAAUUCGGCCAGAAGAUGCUGGAAAAGAUGGGCUGGUCCAAAGGAAAGGGUCUUGGGGCUCAGGAACAAGGAAAUCCAGAACAUCAGGUGAAGGUGAAAAACAACACGCUGGGAUUAGGAGCAAACAUCAACAAUGAGGACAACUGGAUUGCUCAUCAGGAUGACUUCAACCAGCUCCUGGCUGAACUGAAUUGCCAUGGACAGGGUGAAACAGAACCCUCAGUGAAAAAUCAGAAAAAGACAUGCCUUGAAGAAAAAUCCAAAUCUUCCAAGAAACGUGUCCAUUAUAUGAAGUUUGCCAAAGGUAAGGACCUCUCAUCCUGCAGUGAACAUGAUCUGUCCUGCAUAUUUGGGAGGAGACAGAAGAGUGGGAAGACACAGGAGGAUAAUACUGAUCCUGAGUCUCAGGAAGACAGGGAGAGGAAGGACUGGCUCUCUGACCCUGCAGAUGGUUCCAAUACAGUGAAGAGUGUUCUCACUGUGCAGGAAUAUUUUGCCAAGCGCAUGGCAAAGCUGAAAGGAUCCCAGAAGGAACCAGAAACAAAGGUGGAUAAUUCCAGCCCAACAGCUGAUGAAGCUCUGGAUCCUGUGGAAGAACUGGAAACCAAAGUGAAGAAGAAAAAGAAGAAGCAGAAGAGAGAUGAGGAGGCAGAAAGGACAGAGCAUUGUGAGAAACAGCCUGAGACUGGUGGUUUGGAUGGGGAGGAACUGGAUACUGUGACAUUAAAUGAAUGUCACAGAGGGAAAAAGAAGAGAAAACAUAAAGAGCAGCACGAAGGGGAAAAUGCCAGUUGUGAUGAAAAUAUGGGCCAUGGAGAAAUUUAUGUGGGAAUAGCUGAUGAGGAGGAUCUCGGUGUAAGGGACCAGGAGGAAAAGCAGAAGAAACGCCAUAAGAAAAAACACAAAAGGCAAAAGGAGGAGGUGGAGGAGUGUGUGGAAGCAGCCCCCAGGAAGAAAAAGAAGCACUGCAAGCACAUUUAACCGUUUCAGUCAUGGUGGGGCUCUGAGGUGAAUUAGAGGAGGACUCUGUGUAAGCUCAGCAGCAAACACGUCGUGUCCCAGGAUAGAACAUGGUGCUCCACCUCCAGCUGGGACCACAGCCUGGGUUCAAGUAUCUCUUCCAAAUGAGAAUGUGGUGAUGGGCCAACAUGAGCUUCAGUGCCAUGUUAAAAAGGGAUCCAGCACAUGGUUCAGACUGUGAAAGGCAGGGAACUACUUUCUGCUGCUUCACACUGACUGUGUUUUUCCCAAUCCAGGAAAAAAUAACAAAAAAAGUCACCAAACUACUGCCUUUUUUAUUAAAGUUGUUUUCACUUGUGAAAGCCCAGAUCUGCUUCUGGAAACAGGAGGGGGUUUGCAAAGCUGUGUGUGCUUUUUCACUGAUUUUUGCAAAGUGGUGUCUAAUUUUUUCAUUGAUCUCCUUUUACGACUAAAAUGAAUGUUGUUUCUUCCCAAAAUACUUACCCUGAUUAAAGGUUUACAGCUGAGUACUAGAGGAUGAAAUAAAAAUACCUCCCUGUGUUUUCA